AUGCUUAAGACCGAGAGUGUGCGCAAGCUCCUGACCACCGAAGGAUGUAGCAAGGUUAAGACAGAGGCCCUUCAGCAGCACUCCGGCGCUGCUUCAGGAGUAGAGCCUACAGUGGUCCUCGAGGACAGGGAUCUCUGGACGCGCUUCCAAGUCCUCACCAACGAGAUGAUCGUCACCAAGUCUGGCAGGCGCAUGUUCCCUGUGGUGAAGGUGAGCAUCAGCGGCCUCGACCCCUCUGCCAUGUACUCCAUCUUGCUGGAGUUCGUGCAGAUCGACAACCACAGGUGGAAGUAUGUCAACGGAGAGUGGGUGGCCGGAGGCAAGCCCGAAGUGGCACCCUCCUCGGCCGUCUACAUCCACUGCGACUCUCCCAACUUCGGAAACCACUGGAUGAAGGAGCCAGUCUCCUUCGCCAAAGUGAAGCUCACCAACAAAACCAACGGCAACGGACAGAUCAUGCUGAACAGCUUGCACAAGUACGAGCCCCGCCUCCACGUGGUGCAAGUCGGCGCCGAACAGCGCACGAUCUCCUGCCACGCUUUUCCUGAGUGCCAGUUCAUCGCCGUCACCGCUUACCAGAACGAGGAGGUAACCGCUCUUAAGAUCAAGCAUAAUCCCUUCGCCAAGGCUUUCCUCGACUCCAAGGAGCGCCCGGAUCUCCAGUCCCAGCGAGACAUUAUGGCCUCCUACCCGCAGCCCCACCACCAACAAUAUGGCUGGUACAUGGGAGGCGGAGUGUGCGGUGGAGGCGUGGCCUACGGACAGACUCCUCCUACCAUGGGUCUGGCUUCAACCCCCGCAAGCCUCUCGUCCCGCAUCGCCAUGAGGAACCAUCGCGUUGUGCCCUACACUUCCCCCACCCCCCGUGCGGCAAGAACUCCACCAGUGAACACCGUGGCUCAACAGCAGGCUGGAGUGGGAUCAUACGGACUCGCAGGACUCGCUGCUGAGUGGCGUCAGCAACCCUGGGGCCACCACCACCAGCCCUCCGUCACCGGUGCCCCUGCGACACCUGCAACGCCCGCACACUACCAGUGGGCUGGCCUGCAGGGCGGAUAUGCACACCAUCCUCAUCACCAUGGCUCGGGACUGUAUCAGACCUACCAGCAACCCGGAGUUGUAGGAAUGGGACUAGCCAACGCUGCCACGGGAGCUGUGCCGGCACACCCAGCUCAGCAUGCUCAGCGCUCACCCCAGGAGGCACUCACACCUAUGGGCGUCUACAGCGAUACAUCUGUUCCCCAGGGGUACACCGACAACCGCUCUUCCCCGACCUACGACGACAGCGUCCACAGCGUUGGUGCAAACACGGGUGUUUAUGGAAGCUCCAGACUGCAUGAGAGCCCUGAGCACAACAGCACCGGCGGCGGCUCCCCCCAGUCGGAGGCCUCCCCGCCCCUGAGCCACACCUCCUCCCACGCAGACAUGUUCAUCCUCCCGGACCUGGGCUACCCCACAGGUCUUGCAGCUGCGCACAGCGACUUGGCCCGCAUCAAGGGGGAGAAUCUGACCGAUUCACUCUCCGUAUAUUCCACCACUUCGCCCUCCGCUUACUCUACCACCUCGCCGGCUGCGGAACUGUUCGCACCUGCCUUCAAGGACGAGGACGCAUCUGCCCCUCAGUUACAAGGGCAGACCGGUGGUGAGUAA